AUGUGGUUCCAGGAGAUUUGGCGUAACAAUGUUGGUUGGGAUGACGUAAUUCCUGACUCUAUUGCAAUGAAGUGGUUGGAACAUCGUUCAGAGCUGCAACUUCUUUCGAACUUGCAGGUAACUCGCUGGAUUGGCUCAGGCACAACUGGUUCGUUCACCGAGCUGCAUAUCUUUGCUGACGGAACGAGCUUACGUCGCCGUUAUGUAUGCACGCACCUUGCAACCCGACGGCCGGGUCACUGUUGCUGUUGGUCGAAGACCAAAGUUGCGCCGCUCAAAACAACAACGCUGCCCCGUCUAGAACUAUGCGCUGCGCAUCUCGCUGCUAAGUUGGUGCAAAGCGUGUUACACAGUUGGGACGAUCUCCGCUAUCCGCUGUAUGCUUGGACGGACUCCACAAUCACGUUGGCAUGGAUACAAGCGCAUCCUAGCAAAUGGAUGACGUUCAUCGCCAAUCGGGUCGCUGACAUCCAGGAAAUUCCUCCUCCUGAAUGUUGGAACCAUGGCCGCUCGGAACUGAAUCCAUCCGAUUGUGCCUCUAGGGGUAUAACUCCCUCUGAGCUGCAACGUCAACAACUGUGGUGGUCGGGCCCCGAAUUCUUGAGGAGCGAUGACCAGUUCUGGAAACUAACCUCCUCUAAAAAGCACACAACCGAGAUAGGCGUUCGAAGCAAAGUCGUUGCUCAUAUGACGGGCUCAAACGAGCACUGGCCUAUAAUGCUGAACGCAAAAAGGCCAGUUCCGCCUCGCAGCAGUCUUUUGCGUUUGCAGCCAUACCUCGAUGAGAAAAACGUCUUGCGUGUUGGAGGUCGCUUGAAGCAUGCUGCAGUUACUCCUGAUGUAAAGCACCCCGUCAUCUUACCAGAAAACUCUCCGCUUGCAAAAUUAAUCGUCCACGAUAUUCACGAGUUUACGUUACACUCUGGACCCCGAAUUAUGCAGACCGUCUUGCAAUGCCGAUAUUGGCUUAUUGGUGCUCGCAGUCUUAUACGCAGUAUAUAUCAUAAGUGCGUGAAAUACACUCGUUUAAACCGCAAUCUCGCCACACAAUCUAUGGGCGAUUUACCUGCAGCUCGCACUACCCACGCUCGUUGCUUUACCCGCAACGCUGUUGACUUCGCUGGGCCUUACUUAUAUAAGUUCGCCCGUGGUAGAGGAGCGAAGGCGACCAAGGGUUACAUUUGCUCAUUUGUUCGCAUGUGCACUGGCGCCAUGCACUUGGAAUUUGUUGGAGACCUGUCAACACCAGCGUUUCUGAAUGCAUUCAAAAGAUUCAUAAACCGCCGGGGCUACUUCAAAGUCAUGUCGUCUGACAACGGCACGAAUUUCGUUGGCGCUGAGAAAGAACUUCGAAUUGGAUUCCAGCGGUGCAUGGCAGAUGCUAAGUUACGUACGUUCUUCGCCGACUCAAAUAUCGAGUGGCCUUUCAACCCCCCGUCUGCACCUCAUAUGGGUGGAUACUGGGAAACAGGCAUCAAGCGCAUUAAGUAUCACCUGAAACGUGUACUGGGGCCAACUCUAUUGUCCUAUGAAGAGUUCAACACGCUGCUGACAGAAGUAGAGGCCUGCGUGCACUCCCGACCGCUCUGUGACAACUCUGCAGCUGCUGAUGACUUAGAGGUCUUAACCCCUGGUCAUUUUAUUAUUGGUGAACCACUGAAGUCAAUCCCAGAACCUCAGGGUCAAGGGUUCUGUGGAGAUCUGCGCCAGCGGUGGCAAGCUAUUUCUGCCAUGAGGCGACAUUUCUGGCGCCGUUGGAGAGACGAGUAUCUCGUCAGUCAACUGCGCUGCACCAAGUGGUUUCGCACUUCGCGCAACAUCGAAGAAGGUGAUGUGGUUGCGGUCUGCAACGAGCCUACUCCUUCGACAAAGUGGACGCUGGCAAGAGUUACUAAAUGCCGUACUGGUGCUGAUGGGCGCGUAAGAGUGGUUCCGUUAAAGACACCGCAAGGCGAACUAGUUCGGCCCAUAGUUAAACUCUGCCUCUUACCAACAAAAGGUGAUAUAUUUCAUGAAGAAGUCUAG